CUGAUUUGCAGGUAAAUCUUCAGGAUCAGGUGGAGAGACGUUAACACACACCAAACCUCACCCUCCGCCCUCUGCAGGGGUGAGGCAAGGCUGGGUGUGACUGCAGCUGCAGGAAUGCAGUCAUGUGUGUUUCAAACUCCCGCCGCGGCUCUGAAUCAGGUUCUCACACACACACACACAAUCACACAUACAGCCUGCGACUGUGACAUCAGGUAAAUAUGAAGUGACUGUGAGGACGGUGCUGCAGUUCUGCAGGUUUCUGUGAAACUGGACAAACGGCGUGAAUCACCUCAGCAGUGGAGUCAAUUCUCCUGCGGAGUGAAACAAUUUUAACUUUAACUCAGAGUUAAAGCCUUAAAAACUUGAUUCAGAUUAAUUUUUUAAAACUUUGCAGAUAAUUAGGAACAUGUAAGGAGGUUUUCUUUAGCAUGUUGGCUUGGAGACGGCAGGUUGCCAGCAAAUGGAAGAAUUGGACCAACAGCUGUAAAAUGACUUCAUACCCUGUGACAUAAGUGAGUAUCGCACAGGUAAGAGACUCAUACAUCAUGCAGUAAUGUCUGUCAAUAAAAGACAGAGACCAUCCUGAACCUGGGUUUUUAUCUCAUGUCAUCAACAAACCAAUGCAUUUCUUAUUCAAAUGUGACACAUCAAAAACAGAGCAGAUGUAUUAACGCUCUCACAGGGUGGAAAUUGAGUGUUGGUCUAAAAAACAUCGGUCAAUGACCGAGGCGAAACUCAACAGUUUCAAAGUUAGUGAACUUUGGAUUCUCAGGGUCUCCAUCACUUUGGUGUUUUGAUAAAGUAGGCAGAUUGUUCUGCCUCUAAACUCAGUUUUUAGCCAAUUAAUCAGUUAAAUUCAUUCAGUUUAUUUUGAUUUUAAAUGUAUUUAGCACCAGUUUAACUGCAAGUAAGAUCCUGAUAAACACAAGAUGAUUAAAUUCAACUCGCAUACCUUUUUAUUCUGUCCACUCAUGCAUUGAAGGUAUUUAGUUGAUCCAAAUCAGUACAUGAACAUUCACUUCACUGAGUGUAUUCCUGUUAAAUUAAUUAGCUCAGUAUAGAGUACCAUUCAAGAAAUUACUUUGCAAAAAGGCGACUCAAGUGCUAAGCGAUCAAAAUAUUAAUUGUUUAGUAUUUAAAAAAUACAUAAUCAGAUGGAUCAAAAUGAAAAGUUAUGUGAAAAUUUUGGCUUUUUAAGGACCGAAAUGAAAUAAAAUUUUUUGUAAUAAAGUCAAAAAUCACAGCUCUGAGGUACUGAUAAUGUUGUUGACAGAAAGUCCAUGAAUACGACAGAGUGAAAGUUGGUUCUGAUAACUGUCCAUGAUUCAAUCAUUGCUAAGAGAUUACAGGGUGAUUAUUAUUUAUGAUUCAACCAGAAAGACAAUCGGUAGAUUUAGAUUAGCUGGAGACAUAACUAGACCAAGACCAGGCGACUCAGAGUCUGACUGAAACUAUUUGGUGGUCAGACUGACAACAGAUCCAUUUAAAAGAAGGCAAACCAGAAAUGGACCAGCAAGAGAGAGUCCAUCUGAGACCAAAUGGGCAAAAGCUCAAACUGAAAACUAGCAAAUCAGAGACCAGGUCAACCAGAGUCAAACUGAACCCAACUGAACCAGAGUCCGGUUCAUUUGGGGAGUGUGAAUGUGUAAUCAAACUCUGAUGUGGACAAAAAAGACUUAACUCUAGUUUGGGAAAUAAUCUAGGUCUCGGUUUGAUUAAAGUGAACUCUGGUGUGGUUCAAAUACAUAUAUGAACUGCAAGACGACCAGAAACCAUUCCAAAAGCAAGAAGUGAAUAGUUGCGCAGGGCAUUCUGGGUAAAUACAACCAAAGCAAACGUGCAAGUAGAUGAAAUGGCUUGUGGUCUUUUAACAAAGACAAAAAAAAUCCUUCAAACUCUAAAAUCUAAUGGCACUCAAUUUUUGUUUACAUUUUUUAAAGAAGGAAGUUGCACUCAUGUCUUCUGUGGUUUUUGGUGCAGCGCCCCCACAGGCAAGGAAGGGAACAGGUUGUUUAAUUAGUUUGACAGAGUGCAGUGUGAAAUCGAACCACAGCAGCUAAUAUGUAACAAAUGUUACAACUUUGGUCCCCAAUUGAUCUGAGUCUACCGAACUGCCAAACCAAAUUGGUAAACCAGAGACCAAGCUAACCAGAGUCAGGCUGAGCUCAGCAGAACGGGUCCAGUUAAAACCAGAACUACAUUUGUCCAAUUGAGGCCAGGGCAGGGUCAGGUUGAGACUAGGCGGUGAUGUUGUCUUCGUGUUUCUUUCUCUCUAGUCUAGACGUGUUGCAACCAUGACGUCCGAGGAGAAACCGCAACAGUGGUGGAGCUUCGCCACUCUGUUUCCGUGGUGCUACAAAGGACGUGAUCAUCAAACAACGCUCCCUGAAAAUGUUGUGCCGAUGCAGGUCUUGGAGCCCAUGCCUCCUCCCCAGGAGCUGGAGUCCCUGUUUGCUGAACUGGUGAAUGAACUGGGGCUCUCAGAUCAGAAGAAAGCGGCCAUGCUUGCUUUGCCACCAAAAAAGAAGUGGGAGAUUUACUGUUUCAAUAAAAACGAUGCACCUGAGGAUAAAGGGGCAACCAGCUGGCCUCAGUAUUACAUCAACCAACUCAACUGCAUGGCUGUUAUAAAGCCUGUGGUGGCAUCGGAAGAAGAAGAAAAAGUCAGGCUGAAACAGGUUAAUGGUCUGAAAACAGCACUGCGGACCGAGCCUAUAAGUUUUGUGACCGGCUUCCUUGAGCAGGAUGGCCUCUCCUGCAUCCUUAACUUCCUCAAGUCCAUGGACUACGAAACGGUUGAAUCCCAGAUCCACACGUCUCUGAUCGGCUGCAUCAAGGCCCUGAUGAACAGCUCUGAGGGCAGAACUCAUGUCCUGGAACACCCAGAGAGCAUCAACGUCGUUGCUCAAAGCCUAGCUGCAGAAAACAUCAAAACCAAGGUGGCUGUCUUGGAGAUCCUCGGUGCUGUGUGUCUGGUCCCUGGAGGCCAUAAGAAGGUCCUGGAUGCUAUGGUCCACUACCAGACGUUUGCCUCAGAGAGGACUCGCUUCCAGAAGCUGAUGAUCGACCUGGAGCGGUCCACAAGUCGCCACAGUGAUGACAUCAGCCUGAAGACGACCACCAUGUCCUUCAUCAAUGCUGUUCUCAAUCAAGGAGCUGGAGAGAACAAUCUGAACUUCCGGAUCCAUCUGCGCUACGAGUUCCUGAUGUUGGGCAUCCAACCAAUCCUCGAUAAGCUUCGGUCCCGUGAGGACAGCACCCUGGACUGGCACAUAGACUUUUUUGAGUCGCGCAGGACUGAAGAUGAAGCUCAGAUUGCCAAACGCUUUAAAACUACCCACAUCGACACUAAGAGUGCGAGCCAGAUGUUUGAUGUGAUCAAGAGUAAACUGAGCCACACUGAAGCUUACCCUCAUUUACUGUCUGCUCUGCAGCACUGCCUCAUAAUGCCAUAUAAUAACAGCAGGAUGUCGGUUCAGUACUGGGUGCUGUUGGACCGGAUCAUUCAGCAGCUGGUUCUGCAGACGGAUAAAGGCGAAGAUCCAGAUGUGGCACCGCUGGGGGAUUUCAACUUGAAGAAUGUUCUGAGCAUGCUGGUGAAAGAAAACGAGAUGAAACGGUGGAAAGAAGAAGCAGAUGAAAUGCGAAAAGAGCAUCAGAAGCUGCAGCAACGCCUUGAGAAGAAAGAGAAGGAGUGUGAAAGCAAGAAUAAAGAAAAAGAGGAGUUGUUUGAGAUGCUGAACAAGGUGAAAACCAAGCUGGAGCGAGAGAGCGACGAGCACAAACAAACUAAGCUACAAGUGGAGGAGCUGAACGCUCGACUGCAACAGGUCAACUCUAGCUCAAGCAUCCCAGGAGGACCUCCAAUCACCCCUAGUGGGUUAGUUUCACCUGUUUCAACACCCACUGCUCCUAUUUCUGCUCCUCCACCACCUUCUUCUGGAGGACCUCCACCUCCACCUCCUCCUCCUCCUCCUCCUGCCCCAGGACUUACUUUAGGGGUGACAGAGAAGAAGAAGAACAUCCCUCAACCGUCCAGCCCACUGAAGUCCUUCAACUGGAGCAAAUUACCGGAGGCGAAGAUAACAGGAACCAUCUGGAAAGAAAUUGACGAUAAAGAUGUGUUCAAAGUUUUGGAUCUGCAGGAGUUUCAGAAGACUUUCUCAGCUUACCAGCGUCCAGCGAAAGAAACUGGUGAAGCUGAUCCUGUUAAAAAAGUCAAGGAGUUGUCGGUGAUCGACGGCCGUCGAGCGCAGAAUUGCAACAUCCUGUUGUCAAAAUUGAAGAUGACCAACGAGGAGAUCUGCCAAGCCGUGAUGAGCAUGGAUGAUCAGGAGGAGCUGCCCAAAGACAUGUUGGAGCAGCUGUUGAAGUUUGUCCCUGAGAAGAGUGACGUUGAUCUUUUAGAGGAACACAAACACGAGCUGGAGCGCAUGGCCCGAGCCGACCGCUUCCUGUAUGACAUGAGCAGAAUCAACCACUACCAGCAGAGACUCCAGGCGCUUCACUUCAAGAAGAAGUUCAAUGACCGACUGGCCGAAGUCAAGCCUAAAAUUGAAGCUCUCAAGCUUGCCUCCACGGAGGUGAUCCACAGCCAGGCGCUCCGUCAGCUCCUGCAGGUGGUUCUGGCCCUCGGGAACUACAUGAACAAAGGACAACGAGGAAACGCCUAUGGGUUCAAAGUUUCUAGCCUCAACAAGAUGGUUGACACCAAGUCCAGCAUUGACAGAAACAUCACUCUGCUGCACUACAUGAUCCCUGUGCUGGAGGAAAAGUUUCCUAGAGCCGCAUCUUUCCACAAAGAGCUGCAGAACGUUCCAGAAGCUUCUAAAGUCAACAUGACGGAGUUGGAGAAGGAAAUCAACACUCUGAAGUCUGGUCUGAAGAGCAUUGAUGCAGAGCUGCAGUACCAGCAGGAACAGUCUUCCCAGCGUCCAGUGAAUAAGUUUGUGUCUGUGGUCAGUCAGUUCAUCACCGUGGCUUCCCUCAACUUCUCAGAUGUAGAAGAUUCUUUGCAAGAAGCUAAAGAUCUGUUUGUAAAAGCACUGACACACUUUGGAGAGGACUCGUCCAAACAGCAGCCGGACGACUUCUUCGGGGUCUUCAACACUUUCCUCUCGGCGUACUCUGAAGCCCGGCAGGAUAACGAGGACAUGGCCCGACGGCAGGAGGAGGAGGAGAAACGGGCCCUGGCGGAGGCUCAGAAGAAGCAGGACCGGGAGCAGAGGAUGAGGAAGGCCACGUUAGUCGAGAAAGAGGAAGGAGGAGAGUUUGAUGACCUGGUGUCUGCGCUGCGAACCGGAGAGGUCUUCGAGAAAAAAGUGACCAAAGACAAAAAGCAAAGACAAAGACAGAUGUCGACCUUCAGCCAGUACCAGGACAGCUAGUAACUGGGUUAACUGGAACUGAGGGGGAACCAGUGUCAUGACUGUAAUGACCAGUAACUGACUCGCUGGGACUGGAGCUGAAGCAGAAACAGUUCACAACCAGGACAGAUUCACUGGAACUGGACUGAACCAGUUGGUAACCAGCAGCACCUUAAUGUGACUGGAACAUAAUGUUCAUCAGAACCAGCUCACUGGUGUGACGAUGGUUUCACCCUGAGGAAAUGGUUUUGCUUGAUAAGCAAAACAUUUCAAUGGAAAAUAUGAAAAAUUCAAGUUAGUUUGUUUCUUAAAAAAACAUUCUGGGCCAUUUUAAUGAAACUAAAUUUCUUCACAUUUCACCUUCAAACGAACCCAGAAAGAGCUGAAACAUUCUCACCACAUUCCUGAGACCAGUUAAAGCUGCAGUGCGUAACUUUUAUAUAAAAAUAUAUAUAUAUUUUUACAUAGUUGUUAAAACUCAUUUGUAAUGUAAAACAGAUAAUUUGUGAAAAGAUCAAUCUCCUCCUGAUCCCCCCCUGAGCUGCUAAAGCUGCCUGAAGAAAUGCACCGCUGCCAACCAAAACAACCAAUCAGAGCCUGGAGGAGGAGCUUAGCGCUGUCAAUCAUCCUCAUGUACUCCUCAUGGAGAAACAAUUUACUACUACGGAAAACAGUCAAUAGUUGCUAUGCUAAGUAGCCUCAGCAUUCACAACAGGCUGUGCUAGGUGCAUAUGGUGAUUGACAGCAGUAAGCCCCGCCUCCUGGCUCUGAUUGGUUGUUUCUAGUUUGCACUGGAGAAAGAGGAGCUUGAUUUUUUUUCUACAGAUCAUCUGUCUCAAAUCAAACUGUGACACCAUAGUGACAGUGUCAAUAAAAAACUAAAAAUAAUAUAUACAUAUAUGUAUAUAUAU